UCUUGUUGAAGCUUCCCCUAGGAUCUGCUCCAAGCAAAAAUGGACCCAGAAUUCUUCCUUGGAACAGAAAGCGAACCCACCAAGUUUAUAAGACUGUCUUCUAAUAUAAAGCUCCUUAAAGCAUCAUACAAGUGUUUCCAGGUUUUUGUCAAUGCGAAUGUUCCCUUAACAAGUUUCCCAACCUUCAAUAAUUUGGUGCUUUUGGAAGUGGAUUACGAUUAUGUUGAUUUUCCAAUACCUUCCAUGAGUUCAUUAGUCAAAUUUCUACAUUUCUCACCAAAUUUGGAAUCUCUAGUCAUCCAUCAGGUACAUUUUAUCCAAGAAGUAAAGGGGUACGAGUGGACGUUAGAUACAACGCCUCUCUGUUUGUUGCUAUUCCUCAAAUCAAUCGAACUUCGAAAUUUUAAAGGUCUCCCAGAGGAAAUGGAGUUCACUAGAUUUUUUUUGGAACAUGCUCAAGUCCUUCAACUGGUGGUAUUGAGAAGAGGAAUUGCACUAAAUUCUUCAUCCGAAGCCAUUCAGCAGUUACAAAAUUUUCCAAGGGCUUCAACAGAUUGUAGUUUUCAGUUGCUGUAAAACGUGACCAAAUGUGCUAGCCAUGACAGGGUGCACAGAUAGCAGCAGCAGAAGAUUUUGAUUGUCAAGUCUUUGAUUCCUCCGUUUAGUCUAGGUAGGUUUGUUCUUUAUUUCGUAUCAGCUUCUUUUUUUCUCAGUAAAUAAUUAUUUAUAGAUGAAACAAAGUGUAUUCACCCUCCCAAUUCCCGAACCAUUUUUUGUAUUCUUAAGUUAAGAUCACUGUAUGAAGGCUAAGUUUAGAAAUCCAUGGAUUCAGACCAUGAAAUAAAGAAUAAAAUUAAUGAA